GUGAAAGUGAUUGUUGAAGCCCGUUCCACAUUUCGAUUUGCUGCGUCGAACGAAAACGACUGGGGCACACGCGCAAACAGUACUGUCAAGAAGUAGAUUCGAACGUCAAUCUACCAGUGUUGGGUGACAUGGCAGACCAGAUUGACAGACAAGACACAGGCAGCGCGGAGAGCCCCCUGUGUCCCGAACCUCAACUCGAAGUGACUCAAGACCUCGAGCUUUUGGCGCAGGAGAUCGCCGAGGCCGCCGUCGAGGAGGACGAAGAGGAAGAGGAGGAGGACGAGGAGGCGGAGGAUGAACAAGAAGCAAUUAGAAGGGAGAGCUCGCAGUCCCCGGUCCUCCUGUGUGGCCAGACCGAAGACACGUGUAGAGGAGACGCCAGAGAAGACACGGUGACUGUGAUCGAAGAGCGGAUGGAGGAGGAAGGCACGAAAGAGGAGGACAAACAGCGGUCGGCGAGUCCGGUUGAUGAGACGUCCUGGGUGCUCGUAGACGCCGAGGACGAGAACGGAAGGACGGCGAAGGGACCGAACGACAGCCCCGACCUCAAGUACAAUCUCCUGAGGAAGUUCCUGGUGGCGGGCGACCUGCGGCAGAAGCUGACCGAUGCGGGGCUUGUUUGCGACGAGGAGGAGGAGGACAACGCAGGAGACGCCGACGAAGGACUCAGAGAUAGUAUGGUGAUGUCUUGUUCGGAAUCCAUGGUGAUCUGCGACCUCCCACAGACGGCCGGCGACGAGGAAUCGACAGCGCUGAACCUCAAGAACUUCCCUGAUUGCUCCAAGAAGUCUGACUGGCGAGGUACUUUCGCGGGAGCUAGGGUGGAAGUGGAAGUGGAACGCAAAGGGGGACUCCAGGUGGCCGCCGUGAGGGUGUGGCACGUGGAUCUCCUCUCCGCUCUGGCGUCUCUCCAGAGCCUCGCGAAUACUGCAGGUCUCGUGUCCUACGCCGACGUGGAUGUGACCAGCCUCCUUGCUCGGGCCGCCUGAUAAUGACCUGCAGCCCUCCGUGUCUUCCAGCGCCUUCAGAAACAGUGUGCCUUCCUAUCUACCUACCGGUGUCGUGUGCCUCGUAAGCGGUGGUGUCGUGACGUCAUAGUUUCGUCAUAACGACACUCAUGCAAUCAACGUCUUAUUCUCGGUGACAGUAAGAGCCACAGACAGCAGCGGAGAAGAUAAUAUAUAUCGAUAAAUGAUGGUUUUAUGAGAAAAAGUUUGUCGGAUGAAUAAUUCUGAUUGUCAUUAGGUGAUAAAGUUUGGAAAGAAGGAAAGGUGAGUAGAGGAAAAUAUCUAAUUGGCGCGUUACGAUUAAACCUUCAUUUGAGUAAUAAUUAAAGGCAAGGUAAUUAUUAGAUAAGAGCGGAGGAUUGGCCUGAAUGACAUCCGGGACCUGCCGCUCAUUUCAUAUUUUUCCCACAAAUAAAUCUGCUCAAGUAAUAGAAGUAUUUAGAUUUUUUCAAAACGUAAACAUGUUAUUUUUUUUUUUUUACAGUUCAAGACACUAGAUAUUAUAACUUGUUAAACAUUUCGCUGUCAUUGCUAUAUAAUAACUUGUUAAACAUUUCGCUGUCAUUGCUAAGCUCUCCUUUUUAAAAGAGUUUCUUCCCAAAAAGAAAAAAAGAAAAUGUCGACCAUCCAUGAGAGAAGGCGGCUGACGGAAGCACAGGAGCGGGUCUGUUUGGCGUUCUUUAUUCAAAUAUAUUUUAAAAAAUCAAUAAAAAAUAAUUGCGAUAAACAUUCGUUGCUAUGUUAAAAUGAUAUACUGCUCUUAUUAAAAAUUA